AGAUUGCUUUUUCCACUUAUUACAUUCAAUAUGAAACUCUUUGAAGCCACACAUACCUAUUUUUAUAAAUGGUCUCAAGUUUCAGCAGCCAACUGGCGAAAAUAUCCAAAUGAUAAUUGCCCACAUGUUGUCGCCAUAGAUGUUUUGGACCGCCACGUUGAUCCAGAAACUGGCGUACUUCGAACUGAGCGAUUAAUAACGUGCCAUCAAAAUAUACCGGGCAUGUUAAACAGGUUGUGUGGUGGCUGUACUGUAACUUAUGCUAGAGAAGUAAGCGAAAUCGACCCUCAAAAUAAGGUGUUGAAGAUGACCAGCUGCAAUUUAUCAAUGAAUCAUUUGAUUAAUGUCACUGAAACUGUAACUUAUACCGUGGACCCAACGAAUCCAUCUAGGACAUUAUUUAAACAAGAGGCAAGGAUCAAAUGUGGUGAAUCAAUCUCUAAAUUCGCCGGAUAUAUUGAAAAUUUCUUCAUUCAACGAUUCAGGGACAAUUCAGUACAGGGUCGACAAGGGUUUGAAAACGUAUUGGACCGACUGAUGGGAUAA